AUGUUGAGGGUCUUCAAGGCUUCAGGUGAGGAAGCGUUGGCAAUCGAGUUUCAGGACUUCGUGAACAAGCAGGCAGAGGAGCCGGUGCGAGCAAUUGCCGUCAAGCGCCAUCUGCAGCAUCUCUGUGGGCAGACACGGUUCAAGCAGCGGCUGGUGCUCCCUGAUGGCCAGAUGCUGUUGGAUGACACCGUGUUGGAUGGUCCUUUGGAUGUCCAGCUGAUCUUGCAGGCCUUUGAGCCCAGCUCACGGGACCAGAUUGCCCAACUCCAGGAGGCUGCGUGCGAGAACAAGAUCGCCGCAAUGCAGCAGCUACUGGAGAGGCCACAGGACCCAGACUUGGAACUUGGUGAACGCUCGCCGCCUGCGCUGUUUUUUGCGUGUCACUUUGGGUGUACCGAAGCCGUGCGUCUGCUGAUGGAGGCCAAUGCUGACAAGAACAGGGCCAUGAAUGAUGGCACAACUCCGCUGCUUGUGGCCAUUGCAGAAGGCCACUUGGAAAUCGUGCGGCUUCUGCUGGAGGCAGACGCAGACAAAGACGCUGGAGACAGUUAUGGCAGAACACCGAUGUUCGCAGCCUCGUAUUACGGCCACUUGGAAGUUCUAAUACUCCUGCUGGAGGCCGAGGCAGAUAAAGAUGCAGCAGACACUGAUGGCAGAACGCCGAUUUUCGCGGCCUCGCAGGGUGGCUACGCGGAAGUUGUGCGACGGCUACUGGAGGCCAAAGCUGACAAAGACAGGCCCGACAGCUAUGGCAGAACUCCGCUGUUUAUGGCCUCGCAGCAGUUCCACAUCGAUGGCAACCUGACAAUUCUGCAACUGUUGAUGGAGGCUGAUGCUAACGAGGACACGCCCACACUAGCGGCAUAA